UCUUCUGUUCGUGUGACCACAGAAAGUAACCUGGGGAGCAACAGUGAAUCAUGGAGGCAGAUAAGGUGGCUCCCGCACAUUCUACAACGACCAAGAACAAAGAACAGGGGCAUCCGGACCGCGACCGUAGUCCCCGUGACCUCCAUAGUGCUUCAGCGAAACCGGCGAAGGCAAAACGCAAGAAGAAACGCAGAAAGCCUUCAAUUGUCCCUGUCGAACCAGCUGGAGCUCCAAGAAGUGACCAUAUUGCGAGUGAACCAGCCAUCGCCGAAGCACCUGCAGGACCACUAAGAAAGAAAGUCCUGUCUGAGACCCCUCUUGAAUCCCCUGCUGCGACAGCAUUGGCUGAUACCCCUGUGGAAACUCCUGCAACGACAAUGCUGGCUGUUAUGCAUGCGGAACAAUUUUCGGCUAGUGAUUCAGCUGAGGUGCCCUCGAGGUAUCUGCUGUUCCCGUCUUCACCAUUAGCCCAGAGUCAAACGAAGGAUGACAUAGAAGAGGUGAAUGCUGGUCCUCCCGGAGUGAGCAGCGACCUUGCAAUGGAUGCUGGAUACGUUUCAGGAGAAAGGAACGACCGACAAGGCCUCAGGGCCGCCACCAAGGAAUACACGAAAGACCUUAAACCAACAGGACAAUCUGUGAGAAACACGCGCGUUUGCUUGAUUUCUGGCAUCAUCGGCGUCAUCGUUGUCAGCAUCGUCGUGGUGCUUGUCCUAAACGGUCCACCGCAGCGGGCACUCCUAAAGAGCGCGGGCAACUGGUGUACAUCUUCACAAAGCUGUCACGAUGCCGAGAUGUUCUUGCAAAAAAUCGUGGACACCACUUUCCACCCUUGUACUGAUUUCUACAGCCACGUCUGCAGCAGGUGGCUAAAACCGACACGCUUCCGGAACGCUUACAUGGACGAGCUCUUAUACGACCUGAGGAUCGAAAUCUACGAUCAGCUGGAAGAAGCCAAGGAUAAUCGCAUCCACAGAGAUGCGCUACAGGCAAUGUCAGUUUUCUUCAAGAGUUGCAUGAAAUUCAUCUUCGAAAAGGAAGCACUGCAACAUGUUGUUACGGAGGUCUUGAAGGUGCUGGAAGUCGACGUCUCGCUUUGGAAGACCGCGAGAACGCUCGAUGAUGUCUUUCCUAUCAUCUUCAAUUUAGCUGUCAAAGGCUGUCCCAGCGUAUUCAAAAUAGCCUACCGAAGAAGACCUGAAACAAACAUCCUCAUCAGUGUCGGUUCGAGUCUUUCAGCGAUUUACGACCAAGGCAUCGACGACACACUUAAAGGAUACAUGGCAGACGUGGUUAAAAUAUCGAACAUAGACGCGGAAGCAAAUAUCAAAGACAUAGACGGGAAAUUCUGGAAAAUAUACAACCAGGUGAGCAACAGCACCUUUGAUACCAUACAGGUGGAUCAACUUGACAUUGGCGUCUCACUAGACGUCCUGGUACGAGCGCUAAAUGAAGGCUUCUACGGGAUCGACAUCAUCACUUUCAGCAACAUUAAUAUUAAAGACCGCGGAAUCAUUCGUGCUGCGCUGGACGAACUAUCGCACUUGACCGGCCAACAGAGAAACUCCUACCUGUACCUCCUCACAUUAUCCAAUAUCCUUGUACAUGAUUUCACCUUCCGUUACCGCGACUUCGGUGUUGGCGAAGAAAGAGAGUGUCUGCGACUGACUAGCCGGUAUUUCAGCCGGGGAUACUUCCAAUACGUCAUCAAUCGCUUCCAGUCCGAUAGCGUAAAGCACGCGAUGACAGCGAUGGAAGUGGAUAUUCGACAAUCGAUGUUGGAAGAAACCAGGAUGUCGUCGUGGAUUUCCGCUACAAGCAAGCAACCGGCCAUCGACGCGAUGAACGCUACUGAGGUCUGGCUGGGAAACGGGAAAGCUGACAUUCCGGAAGAGACAGCCUUUCACUUCCUCAACGAUUCAUUUAUUUGGAACGUUGCAAGCUUGCGGAAAGAACAUGUCGAGCUGCAAAUGGCUGACGCCAAUGAUGUACUUUUUUCGCAGUGGCAGUACGAAGGAACGGUCGGGUAUGUAAAAGAAAACAAAACGAUCGUAUUCGCGACUGCUGUACUACGCCCACAUAUGUUUUAUGAGGACUUGGCGUUUCGUUUGAAUUACGCGACGGUCGGUAUGCUGAUGGCCGAAGCACUUCUGCAAGCGGGGUUGGAAAGAGUGGAUUAUCCAUCACGUGAAGCGGAUACGCGAUAUCAGAACUGGAAUAAAAUACGUUGCUACAAGCGCCAUAUUGAAGAAAUGGCUGGGAUGAAUGCGAAUGACGAGGCUGUUAGAGAACUGGUUGCUUUAGAACUGUCGCUGCAUGGCAGUUUUAAUAUUAACAGAACUCAGGGUCUCAGUGAGGAAGAUGCGAAGGAGAGCGACCAGAUGUUUUUUCGAAGAUUUUGCUUAGCAAAUUGUGGGCCUUCGUCGGGUCAUCGGCGGCUUCUUCCAGGGAAGUUCCGUUGCAACUUUUUACUUCUCGGAAAGUCAGAAUUCGCGAAAGCGUUCGACUGCUCGCCGAAGCCAAACGAGUGCCUUGUUCCCGGUUCUUGAUAUCUACCCAUAGCUUAUCGUCGGUGCGAUAAUAACCGAAUAUAUAAAUAAAUUCGUUUAGAACGUUU